CAGUGUUAAAUUACCAUUUUUUUUCUUGGUUCGGUUUGGCUUUGUGCAUCCCUGGCUUUUCGUUAACUACAGAGAUCCUCCUGCCUCUGCCUCUUUAAGGACCUCUGCCAUUACCACUGGAUCGGUUACCACACAACUCCCACUCGGGCACAGCUGCACUCGAAUAUACAUAUGAAAUGUUAAAACCUGUGUGUGUGUUCGUAUAAGUGUAAGUAAGCAAAAGACUGCGGAUGUAGUAGUUUGUUAUAGAGUGCUCUCCUACUACACACAUGCGUAAAGUCUUCCUUGGGUUAAAUCCCAGCAUCACGAUAAGAUGGGCGUGGUGGGGACCCUGAAAUAACAAUAGGGUUUGUGUCUCAGGGAGGUAAUUGACAGACGUAACAAUGCUCAGUGAAGCUCCCCAUCUAAGGCUCUCUACCUUAGAAAGCCCUCAGACUCAGAGGCUGCUGCCAUUAGGAUGUCUCGAUGUUAUUAUGACAGUCCUCUGAGACUCGAAAAAGCUUUUGUUUUGGAUGGGGUAGCUGUGAGUUCAAUGGCCCACGCCUAUAGCAUCUUGAGGCCCAAGCUAUGGUCCGCAAUUCCGCCUUAUAAUCCUCAACUGGACCACCACGCUCAUAGGUACUUCCGGAGCCACGUGGUCCCGCCCAUUUUGCGGAAAACUGAUCAGGAUCAUGGUGGUACUGGAAGGGAUGGCUGGAUAGUGGAUUAUUACCACAUUUUUGGUCAAGGACAGAGAUACCUCAAUAGGAGGAACUGGGCAGGAGCAGGGCAUUCGCUCCAGCAGGUGAGUGGGCAUGACUACUACAAUGCUAAUCCGAAGGUGAUCACUGCGGGCUUAAACGGUCGAUUCGGCUACCGCCGGAACACUCCAGCCCUCCGCCAGCGCACAUCGGUGUUUGGAGAGGUCACGCCAUUUCCCAUUUUUUGAAGACAUUGCAUCACAGGUCUUGACCUGCAU